UUUCCCGGCUACGUCACUGGAAUGUCAAAAUGGCCACUCUCCACUGACAGAGGAGAGAACGCCUGUCAAGAAUGAUAAUAUUAUACCAAGACCGAGAUAACGUUUCGGUUUCUGGUCAGCAGAUUUGUGAAUGAUAAACGGACCGCGACACAAUGUGUCACUGAGUGAUCUCGUGGUGCUUUCGUAGAACGGUAGUUUUCCAAGAUGACGCGGAGCCUUCGGAUGUUGCUCGAGCCGGAGCGGCGUUUCGCGUUGGGUCUCCUGUGAUCGGAUGUAAAGGAUGUGAGAUCUGGGGGGAACUGACAUGGACACGACCGGGGACGGCUCUUCUCAACCAGAGAGUACAAACGACAAAGAGGGAUCGUGCUGCAGCUGCCGGCCGCCUAUAGGUAACAACGAGCCGUCUGCUGUGCUCUCCGGUCAUUACUGUGACAACCACCGCUUAGCAGACGAGAUCUCCCAGAAUCGAACCGGCGACCGGAAUCCUCACGGGUCAACCCUUUCUGGUGACCCCGUGGAUGUACAGCACGGGGCGUGCCCGUCUGGAUGCAAUGCUGUAAUUCAAUGUGUUUGCACCGGGGCAACAAUGCUGGAUUUAGCCACAGGGGCAGAAAUGUCCCCCGCAUGCACUUAUAACCGUAAGACCGGCUCUGAGGUCGUCUUGAGCGAUUGCCGUGGGCAAGGGAGCUGCAUCGCACCCCACUCCCACCCCGGGGUGAUGGCGGGCACGUGUAUGGAUGGGCACACAGCCUCCUGUUCUGAUGCUGCUGCUGCUGACACAAGCAGACACGCCGAUAGCCCGGGUAAAACGCCUCACACAAUUCACAAUUCCUCCCAUUCGUCCCAUGAAGACGUUAGGGAGACUCAAACUAAUCUGGCAGAUAAGACAGAUGGAGAUUCCUGCACGGAGAAUCGGAAUGUAUUGAACUUUCAAGGUAUGCCUGCAAACGCAAAGGAGUUAGAGUUCAAGUGUUGCAUAAGCACGAGCCAUGGCGAAGGGUCCCACAUGGAGCAGGGCUCGUUGUCAAACGGAAGCUGCCAACCUGCAGACCUUAGUCUAACGGAGGACGGAGGUGAAGUUGUUGCGGAGACGGAUGCUGAGCUCCCAAACGGUGCAUUGGCGACAGUUGACGGUUGCUGUAUUGGGGGAGUCGAUGGGGAUUCGAACCUAGCUUUUCAUUCGGGAGAGAAGUCUACCUCCUUAUUUCCCACGGUAAUUGUUGUUGAGAGCCCUCUCCCCUCUCAGACGAACUCACAGGAUAACUUUUCUGGAACCUCUCUGGCCUCUACUGUAAGAACACUGCCGCCUAGCUCCACCCAAGACACUCCCACAGGGCCCUCAGGUGCCGCUGUGCCCCUGGGUACCCCUAGCCCACAACAGUCCAAGGAAGAGAGGGAGGACCUUGUAGAAGCAGAGGCAUUGGAGGACUCCUCGGGCCUGCGACUUUCCUACUGCGGCUCCCCAGCCCCGGGCUUCCUCUCCUGCAGUGCGAGCUGCGAGUCUGCCCCCGUCAGCCCCGGGUCCAGACCGGAGGCAGACCCCGACGAGGCUGAGCCUGAAGACACCUUCGACUACGAAUCGGAGGAGAACGAGCGUCCGGGGUCCGGCGUCACCCUGGGGCCCCGGAACACUUACGCCUCCAGCCGGAGACAAAGCGCCCCGGGGGAGCUGGCCAAGAGCGAGGAGCCCGGGGCAGGGGAGACAAACACGGACGCCACCCUCCAGUCCAGGAGGCCCGGGCUGGCCGACUACUUUGGCAGGGGCCUCUUCUCCAGGAAGCCGCGGCCCUCCAGCCAGAGUGCCCCGGGCUGGAAGCUGUUUGGUAAAGUCCCCCUCAAGGAGAGCCCCACCAAGAACGCCCGGACCAUCCAGCAGGAAAGCCACCCAGGGGGCAUGACCUCUGUGUCCACUCCUGAUCUCUUGACCUCCGGGGAAUAUGAAGUGCGGCAAGGCAGGGCGUCGGCAGGCUCCUCCCCUACCCAGCAUGCCAUGGGGCGCAGUAGAAAGAACCUGGAGUUUGAGCCACUGUCCACCACUGCCUUGAUCCUGGAGGACCGACCCGCGAACCUGCCGGCCAAGUCCCUGGAGGAGGCCCAGAGACACCGGCAGCAGUACAACGAGAUUGUGGCCGAGGCCAAGAAGAGAGAGCUCAAGGAGGCCCAGAAGAGGCAGAAGCAGGUGAGGGAGAGGUUGAAGCAGGAGGAGAGCAUCGCCAACGCCAUGGUGGUCUGGAACAACGACAUCCUGCCCCACUGGGACUCCAUGAGGGCCAGUCGCAGGGCCAGGGACCUGUGGUGGCAGGGCCUCCCCCCAAACGUCAGGGGCCGAGUCUGGAGCCUGGCCAUCGGCAACGAGCUCAACAUCACCCCAGAGCUGUAUGAGAUCUUCCUGUCCAGGGCGAUGGAGAAGUGGAGGACCUUCGAUGAGAGCCCUUCGGAGAGCGACGCAGACGACGGAGCGUCGCUGGCGGACCGAGAGUCCAGCCUGGAGCUCAUCAAGCUGGACAUCUCCAGGACCUUCCCUUCGCUCUACAUCUUCCAGAAGGAUGGGCCUUAUCAUAACCUGCUGCACAGCAUUCUGGGAGCCUACACCUGUUACAGGCCCGACAUCGGAUACGUCCAGGGCAUGUCCUUCAUAGCGGCUGUGCUCAUACUGAACAUGGAAGAGGCUGACGCAUUCAUCUCCUUCGCCAACCUCAUCAACAAGCCGUGUCAGAUGACCUUCUUCAGAGUGGAUCACGAGCUGAUGCUGAAGUACUUUGGGGCGUUUGAGGUGUUCUUUGAGGAGAACCUGCCUCGUCUUUUCAACCACUUCCUCUCCUCGAACCUGACCCCUGACCUCUACCUCAUCGACUGGAUCUUCUCCCUGUACACCAAGCCCUUCCCCCUAGACGUGGCUUGCCGGGUCUGGGACGUCUUCUGCCGGGACGGGGAGGAGUUCCUGUUCCGGGUGGGCCUGGGCAUCCUCCGCCUCUACCAGGACAUCCUGCUCCAGAUGGACUUCAUCCACAUAGCUCAGUUCCUGGCCCGCCUCCCUGAUGAAGACCUUCUCUCUGAUAGGCUGUUCUCCUGCAUCGCAGCGACGCCCAUGCUGAGCGGCAACAGGAAGUGGAACCAGGUGUUCACCUCAUUGAUGAAGGAUCCUAAAGAGACCGAGAAGAGUGGGGGCAUGAUGCAGAGAAGCUGACCUCUGACCUCAUUCACAAUGAGACCUGCCUGAUAUCGAUAACCCUUUUUAACGUCUUCCAGGUUUGGUUGAGGGAAGAGUCGGCCAUCUUGAUCGGAACUCCUGGUUCAAUUUUAAAAAGAAAUGAGAUUCUUUCAAGUUUGAUAGUUGAGGGUAGAGUUUUGAUGGUCAUCCUCUGGUAUGAGACGAUAAUGAUGCUGGCAUGAGUGGAGGCAUAAGGGAGGAGAUAUUAAGUGAAAUUACAUUUAAUUACAGACUUGAAUGGAAAAAAAAAUCAUUAUUACUAAUGAAGUUUUAAUAAUAUCAUAGCUAGUAGAGACAGAUCUAAAUGGUUUGUGUGUCAAUUAUGUGUUGCCUAAAUCAUGUUUUCCACCAAGCAACACUUUGGACAAUAAAAUAAAAAAAUAUAGAGAAGAAGAAACAAAGUGAACGGUUAUAGUGGAAGAUGUACACUAACAGUGACAGCUAAACCACAUAACUGACAUUGCAGUGGAAAAGCUGUGUAUGGACUGAGCAAUGUUAAUACAAGUGUUUAGGCAUAUCUUAAUGAAAAGUCUAAACAUGAAGUGCAUUGUUUAAGAUAGUAUUGUUGAAGUUAAGGUAAUUCUAUCCCCAUAGGAUACCUAAAUGAUGGCUCUGUCACUUUGUUUGUGUUUAUGUGUUUUUGUGGGUGUUUUAACAUUCCUUAAGACCGGGGCAAUAUGGACAAAGUCUUUCAGUGAUAGUAUUGUUCAGUUGUUCAAAAUGUGACAUCAGUCCUAUUUGUUGUUCAACAUAAUGUUUUUUAUUUUGAUAUUUGAAAUAUGAAACCAUGCAAGUCUGA